UAAUUACGUUAAAACAUAAAGGUUGUAAAUACAAGUAAUUGAACGUAAGGACACUUUUUUGAAGAACUUUUAAUAUUUUGUUCGUUUAACUCGGAUAUGGCGGCGCCAUGUGGAGUGCGCUUUUAAAUGGUUCAGGGCUGCACGGUGGAGGCGGUGCAGCCGGGGGCUACGUCCCGUCUCAAGGAUGGGAGUUUGUACCGUGCACCAGACUCGAGAGGACUGGCAAAGGCAAAAACCGCAGCUCACUGAGGAGUAUAUCAUCUCCGCCCACCGUUUUCAAUAACAUCUGCGACGCUUUGCCGGGAGAAAGUGAAGGUGGAACAGGGACAACACUGGAAUUGCUCAAAGGACAAAUGCCGCCAGACACCGAAGCCCAGCAACAGCAACAUACGCGGCUAAAGAAGAAAUUUGAGGAUCUGAAAAAGCGGCACGUACAGGAUAAAGAGAAAUGGAUGCGGGAUAAGGAGGUGCUGCUGAGAGAAGUGGCUGACAUACAAGCAGGGGAGAACCGGAGAAUUUUGCUGGACCUGAAGACAGUGUUGGAAGAAGUGCAGGUGGAGGUGAAGCGAGAAGAAGAAAAGAGGAGUGAUCUUCAGCUGCAGUACAACAGAGACAGAUGUGCCUGGGAGCUGGAGAGGGCGGAGCUCAAGUGCUGCAUUGCACAGCUGGAAACCAAAGGUGGCUGGAGAUCAGCAAGUGGAGGUGUCCAGUGUGCAGCAGGUUCUUACGCAGUGGCUAAACAAGCUCAUUGUGAAAAGCAGAGUGAGACGUCAACGCUCCAUCAGGACAAGGAGGAACAACGGAAACUUCUGGCAGACACACACUCAACCACCAUGGAGCUGCGCUGUCGCCUGGAGCACAAUGAGAAGAAUUGGUUGAAGGAGAAAGCCGAGCUACUGGAGAGAUUUGACAUCGAAAGGAGUGAAUGGGAGAGCCAACUGAAAGAUAUGCAAAAGAAAAUAGAAGAGUUGUACUGUGAGGUGAGGGCCAAGCGAGAGGGUGCUUGUGGUCAUCGGAAUGAAGAAGAAAUGCCUCGGCUAAGUGUCCGUUCACUGAGCUCUGGUUCCAGUGUGCUCAGUGAGUUGUCGCAGACCCAUAGCAGCUGCAGUCAGCCUGAGCCCUCACCUGCCUCUGAUCGCUACAUCAUCGGUGGUGGGGUGAGUGAGAGUCAUUCAACCACCUGUUGUCAACCAGACAGACUCGGUGAACUAAUUGCAGGUGGUCAGUUUAAUCAGAAUGAAUAUGCACACCAUGGAUUAAGGUUAAGAGACUCCAUCCUUGAUAAGAAAGAUGUUGCCAACACUGCUGAGCUUGAAGGAAUUUUCCAUCAAUCUAUUGGAUGUGGACAGGCAACAAAACAUGCCUCCAUUGGGAAUGAAAAAUGUCUUCAUCAUGGCAUUCAAGAAAGUCCACUGUUGGUCGAGCGGGGUAACGCCAGGGAGAAGAAGAAAAGCAUGACUGCUCUCAAUGCUGCUCUGAAGGAGAUAGCUCGUGUCAGUGAGGAACUCUGUAGCUACCAGGAUGAGAUAACAAAGAAGAGUGAGGAUAAAAGAAGUCAAUCUGAAUUGUACCUCUCAGAAGAAAACAUCCCCGCGGAGAUGGAGCACACUGGACUCAAGUCGAAUGAUGCAACAUAUGACCUCAACCAUAUCUACAAGGAACUUAAGGAAUUGGAAAAGGAAAACUGGAUUACCUUGUCACUAGAUUACACCUGGCGGGCCAACAGAGGGUCAAAAGAUUCCUGGGAAAACAAUUCUGUUAACAGCUGCAAAGAUGUACAAAAAAGUCCUGUCGCACUCUUUCCUGUGGAUACAGAAGCCCCCCAUGUUCCUCCCCGCAAUUUUCCCCGGAAUCUGAGCUCCCCCUCUCAGACAGACACAGAACUCCACAUCCCCGAGUCCCCCAUAACAACAAUGACAAAGUGCCACAGCCCAUGUGUUACAAUAGACCAAAGGUAUGGCAGUCCAUCCAUUGUUAGAAAGUUUGAAGCAAUGUUGAAAGAAAAUGAAGGAAAGGUUUUCAUAGAUGGUGCGGUAGCAUCAUGUUCCAUUCUGAAAAAUUCAAACUGUAACAUUGGCUGCUGCCACAACCGUUGGUCUUGUGAUGCAACCAAGUUCACUUGCAGUCAGUUGUCCAGAUGUGGGACUGUCCAGAAGAGUUUCUCUGAAGCCAACAUAUUGACUUCAAGAAAAGACCGCUCACCCUACAGCGCUGGUAUUGGGAAUUUGCACAACCACCAAAUACAAACGUCUCCAGUUGUUACGGAAUUACCCGCAGAUUUGCUAAUGUCCUCCCUGGAAAUAUCAUCAACCAGUCCCAACCUACAGGGCUCCAGGAGAAACAUCAUGUUGGAAAAAAAAACAGCAGAGUUUAACAGAAUUUUGUUUCAGGCAGAUAUGGGCCAUGGGGUAGAGGAAGAAUAUGUUACAGAAGCAGGCGGCCACUCUGUGGGUUGCCAACCAGCCGUGAUAGCCGACUGUGUGCCGGAGGAGCAUUCACUUCCCAGGCAUUGCGCUGAUGACACAACUGGUGUCAUGGACGAAAAUGUUGAGACUGCAUUUUCCACUCCCACUUCACAUCUUCCCAUUCAAAACACAAAGGACAAACUGAAUCCAAGAAGUCAUAAAGUCCAAGAGGCCAGAAUAAAAAAUUGCACAUCGUCCAUCAAUAUAACUGAACAAUCAAAUGCUGCAGUCCGGGAGGCCAACACACUAACUUCUCAGAGUCCUGCACAUCUUUCUGAGGUACAACAAAAUGUUCAAACAGCAAGAAACCCUUCCAGAAAAACGCAAAACAGAUCACCCACAGACACUCACCUUUCUGAGUCUGCAUUGUCUGCAAAUAUCUAUUCAGGCCAGAGUGUGAAAGAUGCAAUCUAUAAGAGGGACACUUCUUCAGGAGCUCAGAUUCAGCCAGCUAGAGUUGACAUCUCACUCCAGGAGCUUUCAGAUCAGAGUAAACCAAGACAAAUUACACUUCCAAGACAUGGAUCUGUGCCUCCCUCCCAGAUGGACUGCUCCACACCUGCAACUCGAAAGUUGAAAGACCAUCCCUGGAAGCCCCUCACUCUCGCUGCGUACCCGCGCCCUGAAGGUUCACGGUCCAACUAUGGAGCAUUAGAAAGAAUUCUCAAGCACUAUGAGAAUGCAGCUAAGUCACAACCACAGGAUGAGAAGGCUAUGGGUCCUAACGUCAGCCUUCAACAAGAUGAUGGCACCGGAUUGAACAUGCGAGACAUGACUCCUUAUCCCACAGCUCCUCCGUUGCGACAGCUGUCACGUAUAGAGACAAGCACCACUCUCAAAACCCACAGUAACAUCAGAGUGGCACAGAUACAGCAGCAAAUGCAGGUGGUGAGCAUAUGGGGAGUGGGACCCAAGUUUUGUCUUCAGGCUGUGCCGUAUGGGUGCCACUUUGCGCUCACCAUCGAGCCCUACCCACGGGUCUGGCUCCGGAGGGGGCCCUCAUGACCAGUGUUCGGGUGAGGGGACAUUUGAUUCAUUAUAGAAGGUCUAUGAACUGUAAUUUGUCUGGUCCCUCUCCUACCCUGCCCGACCAGGAGCAUAACACCUUGGACAACGUAGGUCCUAGGAUUAUAGGGACUACCCGCCAUAAGGCUCAGGUCCAAGAGGACAACAGAUGGAAAACAUAAUAUCAUGAUGAAGUGGAGUCACACAUCUCUUUCACCCAGAAUGUCUUCUCAAAGCCUGUACGUCAAGCCAAUCGACGUCUGCCUUCCCGAUGGGCCAGCCACUCCCCGACUUCACCCUCUUCCGCUGCUGCAUCUCCCUGUAUCACCACUGUCUGACUAUCAUC